CAAAGUAGCAGCCCAACAAACAGUAACACAUAUAUUGACAUCAAUAUUUUCAUUUUACCCAACACGCGCUUUGAUUAUAGACUAGGUUUAGGGUUGAAACGUAUUAAGCAUCUCAUUUAAAAAAAUAAAAUUAACCUACACACACACACGCACACACGCAAAAUCAUGGUGUCGUUCUACUAUUGUUUGAGUAUAGUCAUCACGCUUUGGUCAUGUCUAGUCAGGGCUGAUCCAAACAUGGCCGAGUUGGAAGGAACUUGGUCAUCCAAAUCCAAUACCGUAUUCACGGGUCCAGGGUUUUAUGAUCCUGUCGAUGAACUUUUAAUAGAGCCAGAUUUACCAGGUAUUUCUUAUUCCUUCACUGCUGAUGGACACUACGAAGAGGCAUUAUACAGAGUUGUGCCCAACCCUAAGAACCAUUCUUGUCCAGUCGCUUCUAUUACUUACCAACAUGGGAAAUACGAAUUAUUAAGUAACGGAUCUCUUGUCUUGACACCUAUUGCUGUCGAUGGCCGUCAGUUAUUAAGUGACCCAUGCAACAGUCCUGAUCCAUCAAAAUCACAAUACACUAGAUAUGUUCAACCUACCUGGUUCAAAACUUAUCAAGUUUAUAUUGACCCUUACCAUGGAAGAUACACGUUGCAAAUCUACCAAUUUGAUGGAUCUAAGAUGCAGCCAUUGUAUCUUGCCUACAAACCACCAUUAAUGUUGCCAACUACCGCCUUGAACCCUACCAAUGACGAAUCCCAAACUGCAACUUCAUUACCACUGAAAAUGAAGAGAAAUAUCAAGAGGUCAUUGGAAAAUCAAUAUAGAACGAAUGCUAAAAGGGAUGUCUACAAUGAAUCCUUUGACAAGUAUUGGUGGAUCUCGGUUGGAUGUUUGGGUUUAGCUUCUGCUUAUUUGUUUUUGAAGUAAAUUAUAUCGAAAGUUAAUUUGGUUUCUUGUACUGUGCUAUAUAUACAUAAACAUUAAAAAGUAAAUGUAAAA